ACACACACACACACUAACUUACUCUCUCUCUCUCACACACACACACACACUAUUAGUGUUGUUGACUGUUAGUCGUGUUUAAUUGUAAUAUUUGGAGUGUUUACGUCGUGAACACGCCGACAUUUAGCGAUUACUAAACACAAAUAAUAACAUUAUUAUUUUCUUUAAAUGCUCUUAUCUGAAACAAAUAGAAGAAUCGUCCACUUCCGUCGCAAAGAUUACGUUUAUGUGACGCCACAUCCGGCUGUAAAAUCAGCAAUGGCGGCCUCCACGAGAGGAGACGUGAGUGAAGCAGCGGCUGAGAAACAGGCGAAAAAGAGCAAAGGUCAAGAUGACAGUGAUUUGCUGACGGUACCAGAUGGGUGGGCGGAGCCUGCAUUUACGAGGGAGGAUAACCCGCGUGGCCUGGUGGAGGAGAGCAGCUUCGCCACCCUGUUCCCCAAAUACAGAGAGAGCUACCUGAGAGAGUGCUGGCCCCUAGUGCAGAAAGCCCUCGGUGACAUCUUCAUCAACGCCACACUGGAUCUGAUUGAAGGAAGCUUGACAGUCAGCACUACGAAGAAAACCUUCGACCCCUACGCCAUUCUCCGAGCCCGAGACCUCAUCAAGCUGCUGGCCCGAAGUGUGCCCUUCGAACAAGCGGUGCGAAUCCUGCAGGACGACAUGGCGUGUGAUAUUAUAAAGAUCGGCACCAUGGUGCGGAACAGAGAACGCUUCGUUAAACGCAGACAGAGACUCAUCGGACCCAAAGGAUCCACGCUGAAGGCUCUGGAGCUGCUUACAAACUGUUACGUGAUGGUGCAGGGGAACACCGUGUCUGCUCUCGGACCUUACAGUGGCCUCAAGGAGGUGCGUAAGGUGGUGGUGGACACUAUGAAGAACAUUCAUCCUAUCUACAACAUAAAGACGUUAAUGAUAAAGCGCGAGCUGGCGAGUGACCCGGAACUCCGCACUCAGAGCUGGGAGCGCUUCCUGCCCCACUUCAGACACAAACACGUCAACAAACGACAACAACCAACCAAGAAGAAGAUCAGGAAGGAGUACACACCCUUCCCCCCACCUCAGCCUGAGAGCAAGGUGGACAGAGAACUCGCUAGUGGAGAAUUUUUCCUGCGUGAGAGAGAGAAGAGGCGGAGGAAGAUGACUGAGAUCAAGGUGAAACAGGCCGAGGCUCUGAGCAGGAAACAGGAAGAGAGAAAGAAAGCGUUCAUUCCUCCGAAAGAGAAAAAAAUCAUCAAAAAGAGCAACAAAGCUCCUGUAAAAGACAAACUGGACAUCGAGGCUAUUAAAGAGAAAGUGAAGAAAGCAAAGAGUAAGAAACUGGGAGCUCCUCCGCUGAAGACUGCCACAGCGCCCCCUACAGGCCACAGCAAGAACAACAAGACCAAAAGCUAAUGAGAUUUCUACAUGGACCGUGUGUGUGAGUGUGCGAGCGUCCGUGUGUGUGUGAGCGUCCGUGUGUGUGUGAGCGUCCGUGUGUGUGGGAGCGUGUGUGUGAGUGCGCGAGCGUUCGUGUGUGUGUGUGAGUCCGCGAGCGUCCAUGUGUGUGUGAGUGCGCGAGCGUAUGUGUGUGUGAGUGCGCGAGCGUAUGUGUGUGUGAGUGCGCGAGCGUGUGUGUGUGAGUGCGCGAGCGUGUGUGUGUGAGUGCGCGAGCGUGUGUGUGUGUGAGUGCGCGAGCGUGUGUGUGUGUGAGUGCGCGAGCGUGUGUGUGUGUGAGUGCGCGAGCGUGUGUGUGGGUGAGUGCGCGAGCGUGUGUGGGUGAGUGCGCGAGUGCGCGUGUUUGUGUGUGUGAGUGCGCGAGCGUGUGUGGGUGAGUGUGUGUGCGCGUGUUUGUGUGUGUGAGUGCGCGAGCGUGUGUGGGUGAGUGUGUGUGCGCGCGAGCGUGUGUGUGAGUGCGCGCGAGCGUGUGUGUGAGUGCGCGAGCGUCCGUGUGUGUGUAAGCGUGAGUGUGAGUGCGCGAGCGUGUGUGGGUGAGUGUGCGUGUGAGUGUGUGUGAGUGCGCGAGUGUGUGUGUGUGUGCGCGUGUUUGUGUGUGAGUGCGCGAGCGUGUGUGGGUGAGUGUGUGUGAGUGCGUGUGUGAGUGCGCGAGCGUGUGUGUGUGUGUGUGUGCGUGUGUGUGUAUUUGUUAUAAAGGAUUAGGAAUAAAGAGUGAAGAUGGGA